UACAGCAACAAAGAGGCACAGGACCACAGAGUGUGUGUUCGUAUAUGUAAGUGUGAGCUUGCAGAGGUAUGUGUGUUUGUGUGCGUGCGUGUGUGUGCGUGCGCAUGUGUGACUGAGUGUGACAGACGAGCAGAGCUGGCGGGUGAUGGCUCUUCUGCCAUAAUACUUGUACAGACAGGAGAGGUGGAAGCAUUUCUUUUGUAGGAAUCGUAGGGAAUGGCAAACUGCAUGGUUUCCUUGGCAACUUCCAUUUAAUGAGAAUGUCUGAGGCUAUUUGUUGCACUUUGGUAAACUGCAACUGUGAAAGUUUCAAACCGGGGAAGCUAAGGAGGCGACAGUGUGAGAACUGCAAGCACGGAUGGGUAGCACACGCGCUGAGUAAGCUGAAGGUGCACCACAUGUACCAAGGCAGCCAGGUGGAGAUCGUCCACUCCAAUGUAGUUUUCGACAUCUGCAGCCUGAUGCUCUAUGGCACCCAAGCCAUUCCUGUGCGGCUGAAAAUUCUGCUGGAUCGCCUGUUCAGUGUCCUGAAGCAAGAGGAGGUCAUCCAGAUCCUCAGUGCACUGGACUGGACCCUGCAGGACUAUAUCCGAGGAUACGUGCUGCAGGAUGUUACUGGAAAAGUUCUGGACCGCUGGGCCAUUAUGACCUUUGAGGAGGAGAUUGCAACACUGCAGCAGUUCCUUCGUUUCGGAGAGACCAAGUCCAUCGUGGAGCUCAUGGCCAUUCAGGAUAAGGAGAGCCAAGCUAUAAUUGUCCCCAGCACCAGAACUAACUCAGACAUCCGGACCUUCAUUGAGAGCAGCACCCAGCGGAGCCCCAUGCUCCCUGCUAAGGUCGAGAAACUGAGCACCAGUAAUGUGCAUCACUUUGAGAACUUUAUUAACAACAUGGCUUUCAUGCUGCCCUUCCAGUUCCUGAGUUCUGUUCCUGCACCCCUCCUGGGCUCCUGCCCAGGCUCCUUCCUAUUGGAGCAGGAGCAGAGGCGAGAGCAGCGCAGUCGGUCAGAGGAGGUUACUCCAACGGCAGAGAGCAGUCUGCUGGGCUCCAGCUCUGCUUCCUUCACAUCUGAUGUGGAGAGGAGCGAGCAGCCCUCUGAUGUUGCUGCCACCAAAGUGGAACCUGAGGAUUUUCCCACCAGUGACAAUUAUUCAGAUGCUCCCUCCACACCCUGCACACCUUCUGUGACCUCUGACAUCACUCAGAUGUCUCCUGAUAACAAGCUGCGGUCUCUCGAGAAGGGUAGUGGUGGACUCAAGAAGGGGCGCGUGUUCUGCAGUGCCUGUGAAAAGACCUUCUAUGACAAGGGCACCCUGAAGAUCCACUACAAUGCUGUGCACCUGAAGAUCAAGCACAAGUGCACCAUUGAGGGCUGCAACAUGGUCUUUAGCUCCCUGCGCAGCCGCAACCGGCAUAGUGCCAACCCCAACCCACGCCUGCACAUGCCUAUGAACCGUAACAACCGUGACAAGGACCUGAGGAGCAGUCUUUCAGCAGAUGAGGCAUCAGAGAGUGAGCGGAGGUCCGAAUUUAACACCAUCCCAUCCACUGAGGCCAGACAGGUCUCCAGCUAUAUAGCCAACAGCACAGACUCCAAGCUCCACGGCAGUUUCCCGAACAUCAGCCAAAGUGGAAUACUGUUCCCCAACCUGAAGACUGUGCAGCCUGUUCUACCCUUUUAUCGUAGUCUAGUCACUCCAGCUGAGCUGGCCAACACGCCGAGCACUCUGCCUUCGUUGCCUCUGAUCUCUUCAUCAGUCCCCGUGAAGCCUACAGCUAUGGAGCCCUCCUCUGAUCCAAUACCAAAGAAGAAAUCUCGCAAAUCUAGCAUGCCCAUUAAAAUCGAGAAAGAGGCAGUUGAGACUGUGGAGGAGCCGGCAGAAGAGAGCGGCACGGAUGAUGAGAUUCCCUUGCCCACGAGGGAUAAAGAGGAAACUGACAAUGGCAGCUACACAUGUGAAAAGCGGGCAGCCAAAAGCAUUGAGGGUAGUAGCUUAGGUGUUAUCCAGGCCACAGACAGGGAGAACACUUCAGCUCUUCCUCAGAGGCACCUGGAUUUAAGGUCCAAUUCAGAGCCAUGCAUUGCCAAGGAGAUUGACGAUGAAAUGUGCCCAGCAGAAAUGGAAUUUAGGCACAUGCAAGAAGGGAGCGUGAUUACUUGCACAUCUCCAAUCAAUGGCAAACAGAAGGAGCAUCAAACUCUCACUGGCACGUUACUGAUGCCUGAAGACAAGGCUUGUGCCACUCAGGAACCCAUCAGCUGCAUGGAGAACAACCACAGGGCAACAAAUGGUGGCUUGUUUGGAGUUUUGACAGACAACAAGGAAGCGUCUGAAAUCUAUACAGAAGAGUUUGGCACCUUUCCCCAGAUGGACCCCGCUACAGUUUGUCCGGACAGGGAGGACAUGCCCCACCACUGUGAGAUUUGCAACAAAACGUUCAAAAACCCCUACAGUGUCAAAAUGCAUUACCGAAAUGUGCACCUGAAGGAAAUGCACAUGUGCACAGUGGAUGGCUGCAAUGCAGCCUUUCCCUCUCGGAGAAGCAGAGACAGGCACAGCGCAAACCUGAAUCUACAUCACAAGCUGUUGACCAAAGAUCACUAUGGUACGUCAAGCACAGUCUGCAGAGAUCUGGCAAACGAUUUUCAUCAGGACACCUCUCUGAAAGACCCUAUCGGGCAAACAUCUGUGAUCUUUAAAGGACACAACCGAAUGGGCUUGGUCUAUCCCAUGAGCAAGACGAUGGAGAACAGUCCAGAGCCACCUGCAGCAAGCGGCGUGGAGGACGAGGCUGUGCUGGACCUCAGCACCAGUUCCGUGCCUAAACCAGGUGGCAGCGUGCGCUCCUGGGACUCAGACAGAAGCAGCGAGGAAGGUAUGCCUAUGGACGACAGUGAUGAGAGUUGUGACAGCAUGAGCUUGGUGCCCAAAGAGGACAUGCAUCUCGAAUUGGCUGAGAAGCCCAGUGGUUGUUUGGCUGUGCACCUCCAGAGCAGCUCUCCCAUCACCUGCCACCUCUGCCAGAAGGUGUACAGUAACAAGGGCACGUUCAGGGCUCACUACAAAACAGUCCACCUCCGGCUGCUUCACAAGUGCAAAGUUCCUGGGUGUGACACCACGUUCUCGUCUGUGCGGAGUCGAAAUCGUCACAGUCAGAACCCCAACUUGCACAGAAACUUGACUGCAACUACAGGUCACAAUCAAGAGUAGCUUCCACUUACCGUUUCUAACAGUCCCAGUAUAUUCACUUGAUAUUUUGAUUUCACUUUAAUUUGGAAUUUUUUUUUCUUACCAAGAUACACAGGUCAGAUACAAGUCUUUGUCAGCAAUAAAUUCAAUCUAAUCGUAGGGACAGUAAGUUUAUUUAGAUGAUAUUGAUUUGAACACAGCGAAGGACUACUCUUUUAGUUUCAUUGUCAGUUCAAAGUAAACAACAAAUUAAAUAUAUUUGAUGUAACCUUGAUUUACUUUCUGCCCACCAAAAUGGAUGGUAGAUGUAUUUCGAAUAUGUAGAGUAAAUUUUGAUGAAUACUUCAGCUGGAAGAAAUUUAAAAAAAAAAA